AUGUUGCUCCUCGAAGUCGAACGCAAGUUCCGCUGCCUCGCGGUCAAAAACCUCCUCCACUACCACGGAGUCCCAGCCUUCCAGAGCAUAGAGUACCGCGGCAAGAAAACUUUUCAUGACAUCUACUACGACGAUUCCAGCUUCCUCUCAUCCAAAGGUGUCUGGGUACGGCAACGCGAUGGCCACUGGCAAGCCAAGAUCAGAAGGGGUGGCGACUUCAACAACUCCAAGUUCGAGGAACUCUCAGGACGCGCUGAAAUCUCUCGCUAUUUGGCCCAGCUCACUUGGUACAACACGAACAUCCAUGGAGAUACUUUCGGCUUGAGCCAGAUGGCUGCUUUUACGACCUUACGGGAGCGCUGGCUCGCAAACAAAGAAUUCACCAUCGUCCAGGAUGUCACCGAUUUCGGCCAUACCGUCGGGGAGGUUGAGCUGGAAUGUAAAGUGGAUUACGAUGGCCAUGAUCUUGAACGUUACAGGGACAUGAGGAUGGCACAGAUGGAUGCGAAGAUCGAUUUCUUCAUGCAGCGAUACGCGUGGGCUUUCUGUCCUGGCGUGCCGAUGGGGAAGCUGACGGCUUACUUUGAGAAGUUCGGUAGAAGUUAG